UAAUGCAAAAUGCAUUUUCUCAAACCUUGAUUUACUUCAGCCUUUCAGCAGCAAGUGAGUCGCACCGGCUAGUUAGGGUUUCUUCCACCUGUGUCUUUCGGAGAAAUCCUCAAAUGCGUCGUCUUCUCCGAUUCCCCUUCAUUUUGUCAAACGCGCUCAACCAAUCAUGCUUGAAAAAUCUGCGCCUCCUCCACGAAGCUGCAUCCAAAACCCUAAAAGCUUCCGUUUCGGACAUCAACGUCUCCUACCUCGUCGGAUCCUGCGGUCUCUCGCCAUCAGCUGCCCUCAAAACCUCCAAAAAGUUCACCCUCAAAGCCACCGGUAACUCGGAUUCCUUCCUCUCCCUCCUCAGAUCUCAUGGUUUCACACAAACCCAGAUCGCGAAUAUAGUCACCAGCUAUCCCACGCUGCUCAAUUUCAACCCUGAAAAGAUUAUCAAGCCUAAGCUACAGUUUUUUCUCUCUGCUGGUUUCUCCAAUGCGGAUCUCGUCAAGUUUAUCUCCAACGAUCCCCACAUUCUUAAUUUCAGCCUGGAAAACAUGAUCAAACCCAACUUUCAGAUGCUCAAAAGCAUCCUGGGAUCAGAUAGGGAAGUCGACAUCGCCAUUAGGAACUCUUCCAGGCUUCUCCGGAUUAGAUUAGAUAAGGUUAUGCUGCCCAACAUGAAAACCUUAAGAGACAUCGGAGUUCCACCGCACAAUAUCGUUAAAUUAGCCACCUUUCAUCCCAGAUCGAUGAUGAAAAGUCCCGCCCACUUCACCGAAUCAGUUGAUUUGCUGAAGACAAUCGGCUUUGAUGCAUCUAAGCCUUUGUUCACUCUCGGAAUCAAUGCUCUCUCUGUACUUUCCAAAUCCUCAUGGGCCAAAAAAUUGGAUUUUUACGGCAGAUUCGGAUGGUCUGAGAAAGACACUUUAAGCGCAUUCAAGAAGUAUCCUUACUGCAUGUCUUAUUCGGAGGAGAAGAUCAAGCAAACUAUGGUUUUUUUUGUUGAAAAACUGAAAUUUGAUCCUUCUUCUGUGGCAGAACGACCGGUUUUACUUUCUUUCAGCUUUGAGAAGAGAGUCGCCCCGAGACAUAAGAUCUUCUGUAUGUUAGCAUCGAAGGGAUUGACGAAGAAGAAUAUGGAUUUCAGAACAUUUUUAAUUGUUCCUGAGAAGAAGUUCAUUGAUAAUUAUGUUACCAGGUAUGCCUGUCAAGUACCAGAAGUGCUUAUAUUAUACAAGGAUAAGUUAGAAUUAUUGGGAUGUAAGGUGGAACAUUGAGAGUGGCAAUAUAAAUUUUGUCAAUGCUGUUUUGGUUUCCUAUGAUUCGGGAGCUUCCCCGUUGACUUUGCUUGAAAUUCUGUCAUUGAGAAGAAAUCUUGAAAAUCAUCAAGUUCUGCAUAUCUGAAAAUUUGGAAGUUGGGGUUUUUAGCUGCCUGGCUCUUUCUAAAUAGGUGAUUUUAGUGAGUUGGUGAUGGAUUUCAGGCAGUCACCUUAAAUGGAGAUAAUGUUACUCGCGGUCAUCCAUACGUACGGUCAUUCAUACGUGUACUCACCGUAUGCACAUGUACGGAUCAUUCUCAGGUAAUAUUUUUUUCCCUUAAAUUUGUGAUUAUUACUUUUAAUAUGAUUUAAGAGAUGAUUUAAUAUAGUUAGAUAUAAAAGCACCCAAUCAUUAGUUGAAAUGAUGGAUUUCUUUGACAUAUUUACUUCCUAGCUAUUUAUGUUCUCUGGAUGCAUCCAGAGUCAAAUAGUGGGGCGUCACGUGUCAAGUGGGGACACCGAUAUUUAUUUUUUUUAUGUUUUCGUGUCAUAACCAUAUGCAUCGAAGGUAUUUUUCUCUUUUUAAAAGUUAGUAGUAAUUUUUUUUACAUGAUAUUAAAUAUUUGAGUAUUAAUGUAUAC